GUAUGAUACGUCUCUCGAAUAUAUCGUCUUUUUAAGCUGAAGUUGACUGAAUCUAAAAGAGUGUGUUAUACCAAAUUAAUCAUAAAAGUAAAGCCUGUACGAUGGUAUGAGGUUCACCGAAAAAUACUAAGAAUCACCGAAGAAAAUAGUGCAUAAAGUGUAGAGUGCCAUGACUGAAAUUCUUAGAAGAAACCGAAAGUGAUACAAAAAAAAAAUAAAAUAAAAAAUUCAUUACAAAAACAUACCGGUAGACCUCUGUCCAGGGUCGGAUUAAAAUAUUCAUAAGAACCCCAGAGUAUAUAUGGAAGAAAAUGAAUAAUACGAACGACUGCCUGGAACAAAUUAAAGAAAACAAAAAAAAUGUUACUGUGGAAGAUGUAUAUAAAUUAUUGGAAUUCAUGAAUGGAAAUUUCAUCAAGAAGUUUGAGUCUAUAGAUAAUGAAAUAAAAUCGUUGUUGAUGAUUGUAGAACAUAAAUGCACCGAUGCUGAAAAAAAGAUCUCAUCAUUAGAAGCUGAAAACUAUGAACUAAGAGUACGAGUCGAAGAACAAGAAAAAAAAUUGAAAGGAAAUAACUUAAUAGUAUAUGGUAUACAAGAAGAAGAGGGAGAAACGUCUACUAGUCUGACCAAAACAAUCAUCCAAAUUUUCGAAAAUAUUCUUCAUAU